CCCCUUUUCCUUUGUUAGCCACUAGUCCUCAUGGUCCUCGCAAUGCACAAGCAUCUGCCAGCACCCACUCCCCUUGUUUCUCUCGGCUAAAUGCUAAUGGCAGCUGCAACUUUCAACUCUCUCACCCUCCCCUUCUCAAAACCAGAAUUUUCAUUCUCCUCCAUUGCAAGAACCCAUAUUCCCAUCCUCACUCUCAACCUUUCUGGGUUCAGGCCUAAUGGCUUCCUUCUGUGCUCUCUUUCAAGUGAUCACCCCACCACCGUCAUGGGUGGUCAACUUCACCAUAAGACCAACACCAAUAGCACCGACCCCCAGCCUCAAAUUCAUACUUGUACAUGGAACUGGAAGGGCUAUUCUAUUCGCUAUCAGUGUUCUGGGAGUAGCGGUCUUGGUUUUAGUACAUGGUUUUGGAGCAAACAGGUCUACAUAAUUGAAUUUUUCUUCUCAUUAGCAAACAAGUGAUUGGUUUCUGUGAAUUGCAACAUUGCUCAAUAUAGUUCUACUUUUUGUAUUUUCAUAUUGUCCAUUGCAUGCAUGUGCAGUUUGUAUAUGCAUGUUUCAGAUAUGUAUCAAUUAUUGCUCGUUUCAAAGGUUUCCUUUAAGUAACUUGGUUCCAAGCGUUCAUGCUUAAUUGUCAGUUUUUCUAAUGUCUUGCUUAGUACAGUAAUCAUUUGAGGGAAAA